AUGAGCUCCUACUUCGUCAACCCCCUGUUCUCCAAAUACAAAGGCGGCGAGUCCCUGGAGCCGGCCUACUACGACUGCCGCUUCCCGCAGAGCGUGGGCCGGAGCCAUGCGCUGGUGUACGGGCCCGGCGGCUCGGCGCCCGGCUUCCAGCACGCCUCGCACCACGUCCAAGACUUCUUCCACCACGGCACCUCGGGCAUCUCCAACUCGGGCUACCAGCAGAACCCGUGCUCGCUGAGCUGCCACGGAGACGCCUCCAAAUUCUAUGGCUACGAGGCGCUCCCCAGACAGUCCCUUUAUGGGGCUCAGCAAGAGGCGAGCGUGGUGCAAUAUCCCGACUGUAAAUCCUCCGCCAACACUAACAGUAGCGAAGGACAAGGCCACUUAAAUCAAAACUCGUCUCCCAGCCUCAUGUUUCCAUGGAUGAGACCCCACGCUCCGGGGCGGCGCAGUGGAAGGCAGACUUACAGCCGGUAUCAGACCUUGGAACUAGAAAAGGAGUUUCUCUUUAAUCCUUAUUUGACACGAAAGCGCCGGAUUGAAGUCUCUCACGCUCUGGGACUGACUGAGAGACAAGUGAAGAUCUGGUUCCAGAACCGAAGGAUGAAGUGGAAAAAGGAGAACAACAAGGAUAAACUGCCCGGAGCCCGAGAUGAAGAGAAGGUUGAGGAAGAAGGCAAUGAGGAAGAGGAGAAAGAAGAGGAGGAAAAGGAAGAAAAUAAGGACUAA